AAACAGAAUAAAUUAAAUUGGUAAAAAUCAGAAAAGUAAACACUACAUUAUUUCAAAGGAAGGAGUACAAUAAACUAGCAUUAUCAAGUUGAAAAGCUCAGUAAAAUUGUCAUCCAUUAUAAAAAAUAGAAAUUUUUUUAGUGAAACUGAUAUUAAGUCUUGAUGGUGCUCUUAUUAGUUUGCCACCGGCUCCAUAAUUAUUAAAUAGCAGAAAAAGGUUCCAUGCAAUCUAAAUCAGUCACCAAACUUUGAAUUUAGUUACAAAAUUGGACACAUUGUUCACCAGUUUUAACACAAUAUAUUUGUUAUUUGGAUGUGCCUGGUUUGAAAGCUGUCUUGUCCUAAGAUAUAUUUUAAAGCUACAAAAAUUAUUUUGUUUUCUUAGAGUUUGUUUGCAAAUAAUUUGAAAUUCUUCAUUAUGGUUCAAAAAAAAAUAGAAGAAUCAAAAAUAUCCAUUGUGACAAACAUUCUGUUUAUUUCCACAUUUAACUUCAAUGUACAAAAUGGUGUCAUGAAAGUUUAAUACAUUUCAGCAAUGUAAGGUGCAAUUAUAGUUCCUAGAAAAUAAAAAUUGAAGUGCACAGCACAAUUUACAAGAAGAAUAUUGUUUAUCCUACAAAAACAAUUACCCAUUAUAUUUAUAUAAAAAUAAAUUGUAUUCCAGUUGGUGUAUAGUACAGCUCAAAAAGUACAAUACUGCCCCAUGUUACUUGCAAACAGUCUUAAAACAUUUCUCACAACUAUCACUUCUUGUUCACCUUUCUGGUUCUCUUUUUUUCUUUAACACUGUGUUCGCUUGAUUCAGAACUGUCACUAUUUCCUGAAGAAUCUGUACUGGAAGAGGUUUUUCUUUUCUUUGAUUUUGUUUUACUCUUCAUUCGUUUACUAGCAUCAUCACCAUUUCUACUAUGGUUUGAAACUUUUCUUUUUGUUCCUUUCUCCUUGACUUUUCUGGUUUCAUUACUUGAUGAGUCAGUUGAUUUUCUGAUCUCUCUUUUUGACUUCUUUGUAGGAACUGUUGACUUCUUAACUUUCUUUGCGACAACACUAACUUUUGUCGCUUUCUUCCUUAGUUUGUGUUUGCGGUUACCUCUACUGCUAUCGCUACUGCUACUACUACUGUAACUACUGCUACUGCUACUACUGCCACUUGAGUCACUUGAAUUAUCAGAGUCACUACUACUGCUCGAUGAACUUUCACUACUGCUAGUUUCACUAUCUGAUUCACUGCUUGAACUACUUUCUGAGGUUUCUGAGCUACUUGAAGUUUCUUGCCUCCUUGAUCGUUGCUUCCUCUUCUUCUUUCUACCCUUUCUCUGCACUAACUUCCUGUUCUUUGAUUUACUAUUUUUUUCAAGAUUCUUGCUUUUGCUGCUUUUACUUUUAAACAUUUUGCUUUUCUUUGCUGUCACUUUCUCAUCUUCAGAAUCAUAAUCAUUUCUUUUCGAACUUUUGUGCUUUUCAACUUUGCGACUAUGUCUUUCAUUUUCUGUAUCAGAGUCGCUGACCUUAUCUUUACGUUUACUUUCCUUCAGAUCUUUACAGUUUGAUGGCUUUUUGGUAACUAAAUCUGCACUACUACCUCUAUGUUUCCUUUUUUCUUCUUUUUGUCUUGACCCUCUAUCAUCAUCUGAUUCAGAAUAAUGACUACUAUUUUUCCUUUUUGUGCACUUUUCCCUGUUAGUAGUUCCAAGCUCAGAUCCACAAUACUCAUCUCUACUUUUCUUUCUGGCAAGAUUUUCUUCUUUAUAACUUGAAGUAUUUUCAUCAGUUGAAACAGUAUUAUUUCCUUUCUGUUUGCCUUUCUGAACCUUGUCUGUUUUGUAAGAGGUUAACUUUUCAGCAUCAGUACUAUCACUCCUAUUUUUCUUCCAUUCACUUUUCUCUCUUUUAUGACUUGUCACUUUAUCAUCUGAAUCUGAACUAGGGCUUCUAUACAUUCUUCUUUCAUCUCUUCUUGAGCUUCUAUGCUUUGAUCUUUCACUUUCCGAAUCAAUACUACCUCUCUUGUGUCUUCGACGUUCAUACUUGUCUUUGCAACUCUGAUCAUCUGAAUCACUGCCACUCCUGUAGCAUUUUCUCUUAUUUUCUUCUCCCCUCCUUCUCCUUUCCUCUUCUCUAUUCUGAGAAACUUCCCUCAUUUCACUAGAAUGCUGAUGCCUCUCACUGUAUUCUCGUUUACUUCGUACAUUGUUAUCUCUUUGAGAGACAUAUUUUGACCUUUCCUGAUUAUCAUUAUAUUCAUUGUAGUGCCUGCGUCUGGAAUUGCUAUUGUCAUAUUCGUAAGAUCGCUGAUAUCUCUCAUCUGAGUAGUCACGUCUUCGUUUUAUCUCUCUGCCGUCAAAAUUUUGAGAUCCACUUUCUCGUAAAUUUUGAUUUCUAGAUCGCUUUUCAUCGUUCUCUCUUCGGGAGUGAUAGUUUUUUUGAUGUGAAUGGAUAUCAUCAGCAUAUCGCUGCCUUGAAUUCUCAGAGCCUCUAACAUUUUCAGAUGUUCUCCUAUCAUAAUUACCAUAAUCAGGCCUUGGUUUACCAUCAUCUAUGUGUUCCACACCACGACCUUUGCCUUUCCAUCGCAAUUUAGAGACACUCUGACUGAAGUCAACAUGAAUUCGACGAUCAUCAAUUAGCACAUUGUCCAUUUUGAAGUAAGCAUCCUCACAUGAUUUACGAUUAUCAAAUUCCACAAAUGCAUACUGUAAAGAGUCACCAGUAGUUUUGUCUCUUAUCACUUCACAACUAACAAUCUUGCCAAAACGACUGAAAAUGAUUUCUAAAUCAUCAUCAGUGGUGACAGGAUUUAAUUUGCAAACAAACAAUACAUUUUCAGGUGGAGCAAUAUUUGCAUCAGGUAGAUCCCCUACGAUUUCUAAAAUUGUAGCCUGGGCCUGAGCUUCUCUAGAUUUAGUAAGUUCUUCCACCUCUUCAAUAGUAAGUCCAGCAGUUUCAUCAAUUUCUUCAUCUGGAGCAAUGCGACUAUUAGCCAGUGCCUCCUUGGUCAAUUCUGGAGAAUGGUCAGGAACUCGCAAACCAGAUGGAUCAUCGAAAGGGUCUUCCAAAAUAACUGUAUGGGUGAUUCGUAUAUCCUGGUAAGGACGGUGUUCAUGAUCACAUAUUACUUCAUUAAAUUUUCUAAGAACUUCGUGUCCUUCUGCAACUUCACCAAAUACACAAUGUUCACUGUCUAAUGAUUGCAAAUCUUUGCCAAGAGUUAUAAAAAAUUGAGAACCUAACAUGUGGUUGCCACAAUUUACCAUUGAUACAGUACCAAUAUUACAGUGUUUAAGUUUAGGAAGCUUCUCUGCUUCAUAAUACUUAGUGUCAUUGCCUUGAGUAUGGCAAAAUAUUGACGAUCCUUCAUGACCAGAGCCUGAAGGAUCUCCACUCUGUGCAAUAAAAUUCUGCUGAACAGAAUGAAACAAACAAAAAUUGUAAUAUUUAAUUUUACAUAAUUUCAGAAAGUUCAUGCAAGUGGUAGGCCUUUCUUCGACAAACAAGUCAAUUGUAAUGUCUCCCAGGGUGGUUUCAAUUACCACAGCCAUGGUUCAUAAAUUUGAUAAUUUCAAAAUAAUUUUAAUUUUCGUCACUCGCCACGCGAUUUAGCUGCAACUGAUGUCAUCCAUGGGAGCACAUACUGAUUGUCGUUUCCUCACCGGUUCUCGAUCUGUUAAUAAGGCCUAGAUAUUUCCGAUUAUUGAAAUAACGAAGCAAUAAAAAAUAGUACUUAAGAGAAGGUUCAGUGAUUUUUAUCUGUAAUUACUCCAUUGUACAACUCGUUCAAAACGUACACGUUUCACUUUCGCCACCUCUUAUAUCCAGCUUACAACAGAUGUAUUUGCUCUACUUGUAUCCAAUCGUUCAUCCGAUCUACGUUUAUCGGUCAGUGGUCGUGGUCGCCUGUAAAUUCGGCAGGGUUACCAACCGUAACACGUAAAUAUCUGUCAGAGAAAGUUGUCUGCCAUAUUCGCCCAACCACAACUAAAUAGGUUAGGUUGUACUAUUUUUCAAACGAAUUUUUUAAUUUUCAUUUUAGAAUUGUUGACUGCUUGUGAUGAAUGCAAACUACAGUUACCUAUUCGUUAUGACUGGAAAGUCUUAAGUAAUUCACUGAUAAUUUUGUGUUCGAAUUGAACACAUAAUGGAUCGAUUUGAAUACGCUGACGCAAGGUUAAUAGUCGGAGAGAAGUAUAUUACUAGAGAAAAAGCAGUGAAGUUAUAUGAUGGUGAUACCAAGACUCUCUUCUCUAAUGGAGAGUUAGUAUUAACAACUCAUCGGAUCCUGUGGGGACACCCUGGUGAUAUACCUAAGGGUCAUACAUGUUUGUCUCUGCCUUUACGUUAUGUGGUAUUUGCAGAAGAGGAGUCCCCAAGCUCAUUUUCUUUUAGCCAAUCUAAAAAAAUAAUAAUUCACUUGUCUGAAGCAUUACCAGGCAAAAUUCCGGGGCCAGUAAGUUCCAGUGUAAACAAUUAUAUUAAAAUGGGUUUUAAAGAAGGUAUGCAGAGCAAUUUCUUAAAUGGUUUGAAUGAAUGUACCCAGAAAAAAGCAUGGGAACUGCAAAACUGUAGUUCUGCUUCUCCAUCUCAGGCUUCAAACAUUAAGCUACGUGCAGGAAUUGUAGGAAUAGAGCGAAGCAUACAGGAGAAACAAAAAGCGACAGAUGAGAGUAUUAGUAUUGCAUUCCAAGAUCUGAGCAAGUUAAUGGUGAUGGCUAAAGAUAUGGUUUCUCUAUCUAAAACAAUAUCUCAAAAAAUUAGAGAAAAACAGGGAGAUAUUACUGAAGAUGAAACAAUAAGAUUUAAAUCUUAUCUCCUUAGCCUUGGUAUUGAUGAUCCUGUAACUCGAAAUGACUUUCGAAGUGAAAAUCAGUACUAUGAAAGUCUGGCAAGACAAUUAGCUAGCAUGUUGGAAGGUCCAAUCAGGGAAGUGGGAGGCAUGAUGUCAUUGGCAGAUGCAUAUUGUCGUGUUAAUCGAGCUCGUGGUUUAGAGCUUUUAUCACCAGAAGAUCUACUGCGGGCAUGCCAGUUGCUAGAACGCUUGAAUUUACCUGUGCGAUUGCGACGAUUUGAUAGUGGAGCUCUUGUUUUGCAACUACCAGCACAUUCCGAUAUGCAAGUUGUUCAGUUGACAGCUCAACAGCUCGAAGAACAUGAAUCACUUACUCCUGGUGAAUUAGCUCAGAAGAUGGGUUUAUCAUUGCUGCUUGCAACAGAACGCUUGCUUACUACCGAAAAAUUUGGACUGGCAUGUCGUGAUGAGAGCAUAGAAGGACUACGUUUUUAUCCUAAUCGCUUUUUGCAAGAGACAUAGAGAGUUUUUUUUUAAGCUGACUGAUGAAUUAUAUUUAUUUGUUGCUCUCAUUAAUUAAUUAACAUCAUGGAUUGAGAUUAGAAAUAAUAUCUCUGGUGCUGUAUGUCAUAUCUACAACAUGUUUUGAUGGUAUUUAAGGCACACAAUAUUUAUUAAAAUAGUUUUCACAUUUAAUGUUCCAGAAAAUACUACAUUAUCUUAAAGGAAAUAUUUUUUGUAGUUAUUAUUUAAGACUUUAUAAGAACAAGUGUAUUUGCAAAAGUUGUGUAUUUAGACAUUGUGAAAUUCUGUAUGUAUGUACAUGUACCAAUGCAAAUUUUUGAACUGUAUAGAAUCUAAAAUAAAUUUUCAAUUUGGUUAUAUUUAUAAAUUUUCCACUUUCCAACAUAGGACAUUAGGUGGAAAUAGAAACUGUUGGUCUGUUUCACUACUAAAAUCUGAAUCAAUUUUGUCAUUAUUGUUGCUAACACAUUAGCUUUACCUUCUGCAUUAAAUAAAAUAUUACUUCUCAGUGGUAGUUACGAAUACCACUUUGUACAAUAAAAACUUUGUCUUUUGUUGUAAAAAAAAUUGAUUUAGCUGUCAAAACAUUUAUUUUAAAUCUUAUCAGCAAAUAUUAUUUUGCUCCAAAGGUCACAUAGCAUCCAGACUACGUAAAGAUUGUGAAUAUAUUGGUAAUUGUUGAUUUUUUUAAUAUUAUAGUUAUUUGGUGAAACUAUUUGUGUUUGCUAAAUGGAAAUGUGUAAUCCACAGAUUAUAAGUUUAAAAAGAAUUUACAACAUUUAUUUCCCAAUUUUCAAAAUCAUUGAAUGUAAUGGUAUUGUGGCAAUUAUGGUCCCGCAAUCAAGGUAUGUUCCUAAGAAUUUGCAAUUAUCUUCCCAAAUAGGCAACACAAACACACACCUUUAAAAGAAGGUGGAGGAGAAAAUUUUGACAGAUAUAAUUUUUAAAUAGUAGUCUACCUCAACCCCUUUGGAUUAUGGAUUUCAAGAAAAUUAGAAUAAUUUAAUAUGCAUGAAAAUAUAUUUCCAUUUCAAUGUAAUUAAUGAGAAGAGCAAUUUUCUAGUAAUAAAACAGUUUUCAAAAACUUUGUUACUAUGUACUAUGUAAUCUCAAACAUCAAUGAAAUUGUUUCAUUUUUUUACAAUUGCUUUCCAAUUGUCAUAUUUUAGAUACAAGGUUGCUUAUUUAUUCAUUAAAGAAUGUUCAUAUGCUAACAAGGAGGCUCAUGAGGAUAUAAACCCUCCCCCUCUCAAAGAUGAAUUUACUAGUACAGUUUUUACUAAUUGUGUCUUUAUUAUUAUUCCUCAUUUCUUUAAGAAUUUUCCAGGCUUUAUUAGCUUGUGUGUUUCCGAUACAAUUAUUAAUUUUUUUGGCAGUUAUUUUGCCACAUCAUUUUUUGUUUAGUUUACUAACUUUUGAGUGUCUUUUCUUUUCUUACAGAAUUCAUUUCUGUCCCCUUCGUUACAAGCCAUUUUAUGUAUAAAGUCUUCUUUUCUUCAACUAAUUUUUGUAUACUUUCAUUCUACCAUAGUUCUGUUUUCCUUUGUGUACUAGUCUUGGGCAUAUCCCCAAUUGCUUCACUAGCCGCUUCAUGGAUACGUUUUUUAUACCUAUGUAGAAUUUAUUUGCUGGACUUUCUUGUAUUUUACUGAUUUUAUUCGCUUGUCUAAGUUUGUGUAAAAAAAUUAUGGCGUCAUCUUGAAGCUUCCUUACAUUCUCUAUAGUGUAUUGAUUUUUAUUUCCAUUUUCAGUAUCUCCUGUAGUCAAUCCAAUGUAUUUUAUAAAAGGGAAAAAUAUUUUUGAGAUCAAUAGAUGAUAAUUGAUCUGCAUUCUGGUCCUCUCGUCACUCUUACAUUUUGAACUUUUAUCAGAGCUUUGUGUCUUACUAUUACAUAAUGAGUCACUUAUUUUAACUAUUGUGUUGGUUGUUUCCACAUAUUCCUGUGUAUAUCUUUGUGAGUGUACCAGCCAUUUGUUAUUUUUAAAGAAUUUUGUUGACACAUGUCUAUAAUUCUUUCACCAUUUUCAUUUAUUUUUUCCAAAUCUUCCAACUAUUGGAUCAUUUACUGCUUUUCCUGUUCUUGCAUUUAGGUCUCCCAGUAAAAUAAUUUCUUUGCACUUACUGAUUUUUUCCAGUAAGUUUGUCAAUUCUUUAUAAAAUGUAUUUUUCUUGUCAACAGGUAUGUCAUCAUUAGGAGAGAAAACUGCCAUUAUUACAACUGUGUGAUUUUUAAUAUUCAUUUGUACCUGGAUUAUGCGAUAACUGAGACAUUCCCAAGAUUAUAUAAAUUUCCUAUAUUUUUUCUAUAUUGCUAUGGACACAUUGCCUUGCCCUUUUGUUCUUGUUUACUCCACUGUAAAUAUGUACAUAUUUUCCUUUUUCUUCGGAUCCCUUUCCUUUUCUUUUGGUAAAGGCUAUUAUAUCCAAAUCAUACAUAUUUAUAUCGUUGAAUACCUCAUCUUGUUUUGUGGCUAUCCCUUGGAUAUUUCAAUAUCUCUAUUGAAUACAUUAUAAAUAACUAUAAAUAAAUAAUCAACAAUAAACUUUAAAUUCAGCCUAAAUGAAAAAUUCUCUAUAAGAAAACAUCAUGUCAGUUGGACAACUAGACUUUAGAAAAAUUCUGGCUGCUCCAUUGAAUUUUCUAAGGUAAAAUAAGAUAAAUGAUGUUAUGAGGAUGUGUUUCAUGUACAUUUCAUUUUUUAAGAAAGGUAUUUUCAAAUCAGAAUGACCUGCACUUAAGAUUAAAUAAAAUUUUAUUAUAGUUUAUAUUUGGUACUUUGUAAGAAACAUUUUUCAAGGGAGUUUUUAUCAAUUUUAUGUUCUCUGUCAGCAGUGCCGGAGCUAGGCAUGGGCAGACUGGGCGAUCGCCCUGGGCCCGGGAAAAUCAAGGGUGGCAUUGAUGGUGAAAAAUGAAGUAAAAAAUGAAAAAGAAAUUAGAAAAUGAGAAAAUCAAUAUUGUAAUUUUAUAAGUCACAGUACUGUAGUUUGAUAUUUCAUAACAUUUUUAAUUAAUGUUUCACCUUCAGUAGUUAAUUAUAGUCAUAACUUAUCCGGUAGGACUCUAUGAAAUGAAUCAAAUAACACUAACAUUAAAAUACUGAAUUAAUUCUAGUGAAAUUAAUAGAUAUUAUUUCAUGUAUGUAACAAAAGGUUUUGUUAAACACUAACUAAACACAAUACAAUUUUUUAGCGUUUUAAGUUAUAUGGAAAUUAUAUUAUUUGAUCACUAAAUACUUACUUAAAACUAU